AAUCAGGCAACAGAUGAGCAGAAAGGAAGCCUUGCUGAGAGCAUUUAGUAAAACUGUUUUUAGAACCGGUUUUAGGAAUAUUUGUUUAACCAAAUUACAUGAAAUAGUCUUAGAAAGGCUACCAACAAAAUGAUUGCAUUGUUUAAAAGUUUGCGUGUUUUUAAACGCAAUUAAGUAGAGCAAUUAACCUUAUUGAUAGAAAAUUUGUCAGUAGCCUAUCGUAUGUCCGAAGUUUUAAGGUAGGCUAUACAACUAAAUAGAAAGACGAUGUGGUAGUACACGCGCAGUUUGAUUAGAUCGAGUUAUUUUCCUGUGAGAGCAAGGAAUCCUCUGCAGAUAUCCUCUAAAUCGGAUCCUGAAACAUAUCGUUGCAGUAUCCUAAUGGAGCAGUUGUUCUUGAAAGUGCCAUACGCCAACUGAUGGUUGGCAAUAGUUGUUUUUCUCUGUGGUUUCGGUCAUCGAUCCUUGUAUUCCCGUGAGAGGGACUCGCUGUACCUCCUCAGGAAGCGCACGGAAAACACCUUCAGUCUCCACGCGCAGAUUGGAGAGUUCGCGCAUCUCUCUCAUUCCUUAAAGCGGGAAGCGCGCGGAUCUAGACCUGCUGCUACAGUCGAUAAUAAAACAGUUUUUUUGUGGCACGACGUCGAAUAAAUGAUGAAGUGUUUAUUGUUUACUUCUCAAGCUUUAUGACAAAUGUCCCGGGAGUAAGUUCACGGCACCUCUGGAUAUACUGUUGCUUCUGCGGAAUAUCAAGGAAUAAUGUGGAAAUAUUUCAGAUGCCACGGUGGAUGACAUCCGACAAUGUACGCAGAUUUUUAGCAGCAUUUCCAAACGUAUCAACCAAAGACAAAGCCAUUUGACUAUAACUGUGUGCUCCACCCUGAUGUCAAGGCCUUGUCCUUCCACCCGAGGUCCUAAACCUCCUGUGGCACCCAAACCAAGGUUAGCCUUUGAAUUGAGCCAAUGCAUUGUGGGUAAUGGGGACAUAACAUCCUCUGAUAGACUGGAGCUGAAGCAGGACAAUGAAUCAGAUGUCACAGAGGAUGAAACUGACGCAUUCAGAGAAAACUGUACUGAUGAUCACAUGGAGAGCAACUUAUUUGAAAAAAACUUAUCUGACACUAACCAUGACACAACUUAUAAUGAAAUAGACGAAGAAUUACAAAUGGCAGCAGAUGACUCUGUGGGAGAGAAUGAUGGUAAAGAUGAUAUUACUGAAGUGCCGCAUGCCUCCUCAAGUUUGUCAGAAAUGGUUGAUGAAAUUCUUGAUUCAACAGAUGAAGUCCACAGCAAAAGCACUGAUGAUACCAAGCCAUCUGAAAAUAGAGAAGAUUCUUAUAAUGCACUUGAGGACACCUCUGCAUGUUCUGAGAAUGAGACACCUACUAAAGAUCAGCCUACAGAUGAAUGUCAAAGUCCGUAUGAAGAGAUUGAGGAACAACCAUCAGACAGUUUUCAACGUGCCAAUGAUCAUUAUGAAGAGGACAAUAGAACAGCUGCAAACUUUGUUCAUCAUGAGGCAGAAGAAGAUCAGACUGGGCUUUUUUCAAAGGCGACAAACUGCAGUCAACCCUCACUGUGUGAGGAAUACCCUUAUGACAUUAUUGGCACAGUGGAUGAUAACAGCACUUGGCAAGCUGAACGUGCAACCAAAGACCCAUCUGGACGCUUCAGGUUUGCAGAGGAGACAGAAGAUGCAUUCGAGCCCUAUUCUGUCAUUGAGGUUGUGCCAAGUGAUUUGACAUGCACCUCUGAUCCAGAAGCAAGAUGCUCUGAUGAAGAAUCCAGCAAUGAGAAACCAAUGGACUCAACAGAGGGAACAUCAAAACAAGAACCUUACUAUGUAUCAUCAGAGGAUGUGGAAGAGUUGGAGGAGGAACAGGCUAAAUUAGAAAAUGGUGUCUUGCAACCUGUCUCUGAGGGUCAAGAGAUGCCAAAAAACGAAGGAGCGAAUGACUAUGCUGAUAUUGAAGACCAUGAUGGGGCUGAUCAGCAGGUGGAGUGUGUUUCAUCUGAAGAUUAUGUCGAGAUAGGAGAUGAAGAUGAGCCAGUAAACAUGGAGAGGAAAACCAAGGGCAAAAGUAUAAGAGAACGAUCAGCUAGACGGGGACAAGCCCUCUUGAGUCAGAGGAACAGCUGCCAGCCACGUCUGAGACUUUGCAACAUCACCGUUCCUGCUGACUUAGAUUUAGGUAGAACUCCAGAACUUACAAACCGUUUGGUUUUUGCCCAUACCACGGAAGCGUUUGAAGAGGACAUUGAAGAGCUGGACUGCCAUAUUGUGCCUUUCUUUGAGGAAUCGGACACAGAAAGUGACGAACACAUUUACGAGGAGGCUGGCUUUGACUCAGAAGGUGAGAACUUUAUCUCUAUGGACAGGAAGAGCAUUGUGACGAGAUCUCGUUCGCUUUCUGGGAAAGUACCUGGAUAUGUUCCUGAGACUGUGCCUGAGGAGACGGCCACUGAUUACCAAUCUCAUGACUACUACACUGUGGCCUUGGAUCAAAAUGGAGAUCCACAUCCCAAGCUUUCAGAUGAAACAGAGGCCAACCAAAUUAUUCCCUCAUUAAAGCCAAGGCGCUUUCUUCUUUCCCCUCGAUCGCUUUCCGUUGAGAGCAGAGAUUUGCCAUUGUCAGGAAUCUUUGAGGGUGAGAAAUCUCCUAGAGAGGAAUGCAGAUUACAAAGAAAAGAUGACACACUUUCUUUGCCUUGUGUCAUUACUUCCUCUGGAAGCUUUUCUCAGAGAAGUCACCAGUCCUCCAGUGGUGUGUCGACACCUACAUCUUUAGUCGAUAUCCCACCGCCUUUUGAGUUAGCUUACAUAACUAAGAGGCCUGUGACCAAAAGCUCUCCAUCACUUCUAAUCCAGCAUGAGUCUCCUGACAACCCCAAAAAGAAGACAACAUCAUUUAAGCGUUUCUUGGCUUUAAAAUUUAAGAAAAAAUCAGAAAGCAAAGCCCGUGGAGAUGGCAGUGUUCGCUCCUCAAGGUCAUCAUCUGAAUCUAGCCACCACGGGCCCAUUCGAGUACUGGAGCUUGAUCGAAGAAGUACAAGUGGUUCCCCGCAGCUUCAGUCCCAUGUGGGAAAGCCACAACACAACUCAGAAACGCCUACCACCUUUCUGCUUUACAAAGAGAGGCAAAGAAGGCAAGGAGCACCCAAGAGUUUCAGCAACAGGGGUAUAGCCAGAGUGGAGUCCUUUGAGGACCGCUCUCGGCCCCCCUACAUGCCCCUACCUCUCACAAAGCCUCGCUCCAUCUCCUUUCCAAGUGCAGAUACUUCUGACUAUGAAAACAUUCCCGCAAUGAGCUCAGACUAUGAGAAUAUCCAGAUUCCACAUGGGCGGCCCACUCGGGCAGUCACUAUUACAGAUUUCUUCGAUGACCACAAUCGGACAGCAGCACAUGCCAAUGAGAACGAUGGCUAUGUGGACAUGAAUAGUUUUGCAGGAAUAGAAAACAAGACCACCUCUCAGGAGCAAGACACUGAAAGUGCCUACACUGAGCCUUUUCCUGUUGGUCCUGUGUCUGCCACUGUGUCCAAUGAGGAAGAUCAUGGACGUACAUCUGAAGAAGAGGACGGUUGUGGAGACCACUGCCAUGACCGACAGAUUGAUGGCCGAUCCAGAGCCUACUACGUUGCCAAAGACCUGGUGGACUCAGAAAGAGAACAUGUGAAGGCACUGAAGAUUCUUCAAGAGGACUUCAGGGGAGCAGUGGAGUCAGCAGUAGGAGAUGAUGAGGAGCCUUUGUUUGAAAAUGUGAAGCUGGACGAGAUCAUGAGCACCCUUCCUCAGGCCUACCAUCUGCACAAUGAGAUCCUCAAUGAGCUGGAGACCCGCAUUAAACAGUGGGAGGACAGCCCAUCAGUUGUUGAUGUCAUAUUAACGCGCCAAGCUGAGUUUUCAUCCUUUGCAACAUACAUCUCAGACUAUGACCGCAGCAUGUCACUGCUGGAGGAGAGCUGUAGACAAAGUAAAGCUUUUGAGGAUGUGGUAAAACAGUUUGAGACGGAGAAUGCAGAAGGUGUUCAUGUUCCUCUGAAACACCAGCUGAUGCGGGUCAUUGUGCGCGUGCUCCAGUACCGCAUGCUGCUCACAGACUACUUAAACAAUCUCUCCCCUGAUUCGAAAGAGUAUGAAGACACACAAGCUGCACUGGUAAUCGUGUCUGAAGUCGCAGACCAGGUUAAUGACAAUCUAAAACAUGGGGAGAACCUGCUUCGUUUGGUUCAUAUUGACUACAGCGUGAGAGGAAAAAGAGACCUUCUCCAACCUGGAAGGGUUUUUGUCAAGGAGGGCACCCUGAUGAAGGUCUCUCGUAAAAGCAGGCAGCCCAGACACCUCUUCCUGAUGAAUGACGUGAUGCUGUACACCUACCCUCAGCAGGAUGGUAAAUACAGGCUGAAGAACACACUGACUUUAAGUGGAAUGAAGGUCAGUAAACCUGUUAUAGACAAUGUGCUCAACACGCUCAGAAUAGAAGUCAGCGAGGUUACCAUCACCCUCUCAGCAAGUUCUUUGGGAGAGAGAGAAGACUGGUUCCACACGUUGAGCCGGGCUAUAGCGGAUCACGCUGCAGGCCUCAAUACCUUCAGCUGCUCUAGUGAGGCGAGAGAGAAGUUAUGGAUGUCUCUGGGAGAGGCUGCUCCUGUUCUGGUUCCUGUGUCACACGUGAUGAUGUGCAUGAACUGCACGUCGGAUUUCAGCCUGACACUGCGACGGCAUCACUGCAACGCGUGUGGAAAGGUUGUGUGUCGUUCCUGCUCGCGGAACAGGUAUCCUCUAAAGUACCUGAAGGAUAGGAUGGCUAAAGUCUGUGAUCACUGCUAUGCUGAGCUCAGGAAGAGGGGUGGUAAUAUUCCUGGAUCAUGUGGGAGCGCUAGUCCCCGCACAAACAGGGCCAGCAGGCCUCUCUCUGCUGUGUUCCAGAGCCUGCAGCCGCCCAGCCUGUGGAGGAACAGAAAGAGCAGCUCAACUCUCACACAGGUAUCUGUGGGUGCAGAGGGGUCCACUAUCAGUGGCAGUCUGCAAAGGCGCAAAAAGAGCAAAAGGAAGUGGAAGAGGCUGUGGUUUCUGCUCAAAGACAAGGUGCUCUACACCUUUAAAGCACGAGAGGAUAAAGUGGCUUCUGAAAGUCUUCCUCUGCAGGGUUUUACUGUGAAGCUGCCUGAUCGAUCAGAAGGGGAAGACACAGACAAUGUUUUCCAGCUCUACCAUAAAAAAACUCUGUAUUACACCUUCAGAGCAGAUGACCAGCAUACUACACGCAGGUGGGUAAACGCCAUGGAAGAGGCCACAGUGUUAUAGUAUCCAGCUAUCUGCCCAGAUGACAAGAGGACUCUGGGCAGGGUUCCCCAGACAGCUAAACCCAUUAUGGGCUUACACCUAUGACAUCAGAGUCACCUGUGCCUGAGAAACCAGCGGAAUCACACCACAAAUACCUUCGUUUUUUAAAUCUCUAUCUUCUUUUUUGGCUGCUGAAUUUAAGGACAGUCACACAAGGCAUGUCAUGCUCGGUGUUUGUUUGCCCUGUGCCUCUAAUUAAAAAAAAGUGCCAAAUGUAAACAGUGCAGAUCAGUGAAUGAUUGUUCUGAAACUACUCACGUGUGUCGAAUAAAGGAGAAUGUUCGUUUUCUAGAAACUGUAACUACCUUUCUAUAUGCAGAUAUAAUUCAGUGCUGUCAUUUUAUACAUUGUAAAAUUAAAAAUAAAUUAAGUACAAGGCAUUGGAUGAGUAUGAUUAAGCAAAUUCAGGCUUGUUAUAGACAAUAUAUUGUUAAUUUCAUUAAACGGCUGAAUGUUUAGCAUGCCAUAUCCUACCAUCUUAGAUUUAAAAAGUCAAUGUUUUAUAUACAAUAUACAAAUGACAUCAUGUGAUUAUAUAUAUGGAUUGGAUAUAGAAUUGUAUAGCCUAACUGGAACGAGCUGUAGAUUUUACAAUUCCGUAAUAUAUUUAAUUUGCAGCUAUAUUUAGAUCAUCUGCUGUGAUUCAUUUAACAUCUGACUCUGUAAUACCACUACAGUUGUUGUUACUAUUGUGAAGCUGUGCAAACUUUAGCCACCAUUGACAUCAUAAACAUAACACAGUAAACAUUGCUAAUAUGAUCCUAUUAAUAGCCUAUGAAUUUGUGAUAAAUAACAGCGUAUGGUUCAUAUUCGCAUGCAUUUGCACAGCGCAUGCUAUGGCAUAGUCCAGUAAAACAUUGAUGUAAAUCAGUAUGGAAAUGUUGUAGCCUACAUCUGUGUCGGUUGAACGUUUCAUUAAAAAUAACUAAGUGUUACAA